AAUCGCUGCUGUUGUUGUUGUUGUGGUGCUGCUGAGUGUCGCCGCCUCGCGCAGUGCCGCCGGUGUUCGCUCGUUGUCUCGCCCGCACGCGCACCGGACAUGUUCCUGCUCCGGCAUGUGCGCGUGGCUCUAAUGGCCGCCGCCGCCGCCUUCGGAGCCGCUGUGUUUAUGGCCAUAAACCUGUUCUAUAAGAGAAGAGUGUGGACACCGGAAGACUACUGCGCCUUCACCGAGGAGGAAGAGGAGCGCAGACAGAGGCAGGUCCUCGUACUCGGCUUAGACGGCGCUGGGAAAAGCAGCGUUCUACAGCAGCUAAACGGAGCAGCUAGCAAAAGAACGUGCACCCCAACGCGUGGCUUCAACUUCAUCCGUCUCCACACGCCAGUCUGCGAAUUCGACUUCCUAGAAAUUGGAGGUAGCGAGGACUUGCGGGCGUACUGGGCCGAUUUCCUGAGCAGAGCACACGUUUUGUUGUACGUGGUAGACUCCUCAGACAGAAGCCGACUCCCGCUGGCUAAAGACGAACUUCACCGCCUCCUCAGCAUUGACACACGACUUCCAGUUGUAAUACUGGGAAACAAACAGGACAAGCUGGACGCUGUGAGCCUGUCCGAGCUUCGAGACGCUCUCUUUCUAGGCUCGGUGGCGGAUCAGAGGAAGCUCUUCCUUCUGCAGCUCAGCUCUGUGGGAGAAUCAGAAUCCUGCAGUCUCCAGAACCUUCAAGAUCUGCUCGUCCAGCUAGAGUCCGAUCAUAACUAGCUCGAUUAGCUCAGCUAGAGUCCGAUCAUAACUAGCAAAAGCAGAAGAGGAAAAUAUAGAAUAAGAAACAAAAAAUUUGUGUUUUCUUCAGGGAAGGUUUUAAACUAACACACAUUUCACUUCCUUUCGCCUGAAAUGGACCUUGUUUGCUUUUCUGUUUCUGAAUUUAACACUCCUGACCUAACAUGAUAUCAUUAGUAAUAAUAGGGUAAUUACAAAUAAAUAAAUUGAUGUGUAUUAGGGAUCUGUAGGAUAACGAUGAAGUCUCAGGAUGAAAAAGCUUGAUACAAUCAAAGGUGUUGUUGUGAGUACUCGCUGUUUCUCAGCAGGAUUGCAAGGACUGAAAGUGACGCCAUUUUAUUGUUGCAGAAACAAUACUAUAAACUAUCGUAACCUGUGUAAUGAAUGUGUGGCAGACUGGAAAAACCCACUGGAUAUAUCUGUAGCUAUAUUCUGAAAAAAACUCAGUCUUUCUACAUACUUUAGUCUCUACCAUGUUGUUAUGUUCCAUGCUAACGAUCACAAAUAUGGACGCCACAAGAAACCCGUCACGUGACUGAAACGUGAUAUCACAGAUAUCGGCAGAAAGACCUUUGUUUCAUGUCUUCCAACUCCAGCUAAACCUUGCUAGCAAUGUCCUCCCAUUCUGAAUUUCACGCUUUGUUAAUGUUUAUCGAUAGCUACGGUCAGACGUAAGCCUACGCAAUCUCUCACGACUUUUGUGAUGCUGCUAGAAAGAAGAGCGCUAUAUAUACGCAUUCUGUAAACAAUGUUUAAAUAGUUUAAAGGAGAUUAACGAUAGCGAAUCAAUCCGAAUUAAUGUUAGUGUGAACGGAGUUCAGUCCAACGCUGGAUCGGUCGGAUUAGAGCGCUCAGAAGAAAAGCCUGUGAUUGGCUAGUGUUGUUCUGAUUGACAAGAGUUACUCUAUGAUGGGCAGGGCAUGGAAUGCAUGUACACCUAUGAUUGGUUAGUGUUGUUCUGACUGACAAGGGAGAGUAUAUAAGCCUUUCCCCUAUCAUCUGGAUUAGAACUUACUAUUUAGUGUAAUAGCACUUUUCUGACGCACCAGAAUUUAUUAGCGGUGCAGUUUUUAACGGAAGAUCAGUACGGAUGAUUGGAUGGAUGGAUGGAUACUUUAUUCAUUCCAAUGGAAAUUUCUCAAGCUCCAGCUGUAUCUAAGGCAAUAAGGCAGGCAAUAAAUGUUAAAAAUGUAAAAGUAAUAAAUUUAAAAUCUUGAUCGUUAAGGUGCACUGUGUACAGCGUGUAGUACGAUUCAUGACCCAUGGUGUUUUGAGAUGUUCCAGAGGGUUUUCCCAGGCCUCCACACACAUACCUGCAGUUCUACAUUUAUCCGUACGUUACGUGUCCACCUUCGGGAUACAAACGUCAUCCUGCGUAGUGUUUGGAAUGUUUUUUGGCGUACCUGCACGCGUGUAUUAGAGCUAGUUCACUUGUUUCUAUACUGCACGAAAUCAGUGUUUUAACAGUUGAUACCUCAGAAACAUUUAGAUUCUUUACCUUAACGUCGUAUCAGGUUUGCAGUACGAAUACCGUGGAAGCUAUAAGGAUUCACUCGCCGCACAAGUCGACGUUGACGUUUACACUUCCAUAUGCGAAGUUCUACUGAUUUAUGUUCAUGGUUAACCAGACGCCAGUAAGAUGACUCCUCACGUUUUGUCACGUUUAUAGUGUUGUGUACUGUGUGUGUGUGUGUGUGUUGAAAGUUUGUCUAGAUGUAAAUAAUGUUGUUAAAGCAGAGGCAGUAUAUUUUGUGGAGAUUACAGUUCAUCAAAGAAAAAUAAAUAAUUAUAAUACAUGGCUAA